CAAUUUGCAUUGACAUUUUGAAUGUAGUAGCUCGCCGUUCGUUACUACAUCAGUACAACGCUCAGCAAAAAUAUUGCGAUUCGUGCCACUUGUCUAGUUAAAUGUUUUGUUUAAAUUUUAGAGAUUUUAAUAGAUAUCACUUUUAUAUGAAAUUCACGGUUAUUGAUGCACCAGCUAACUGAAAAUUGUUUAAUCAUUUAAUAUUGUUUAAAUUUUCAUUUGCGCAAUGAAGAUAGUAUGGAUAAUUCCAUUAUUACUGAUACAGAGUUACCGUACAAUUGGUUCCCAUUUACAAGAAGAAUACAAUCAAUACUCAUUUUACCAGAAGAGACCUUUAAGUCCUCGACCAUUGGAUGCAAUGGCAGAUUUAACCAACGACCUUGGAGUUUGUGUCUUGCGGGUAAUAGCUGCUGGUGGUGCCAUAGGAAAUAUUGCGUUUUCUCCAUUUGGUUUAAUGGCAGUAUCAGUUCUUCUUUAUGAGGGAUCUAGUGGAUAUUCUGCAUUACAAAUAAAACAAUCUCUUAAUUUGCCUUGGGAAAUCCUUGCUGUCAGAAUUGGAGUUCGGGAUUUAAAUCGUUACCUUAAAACAUAUUUUAAAAGUGAUGGCUUUUUAAACGGCUUAACAAUGAGCAGGGAGGAAGUAUGUCUCAGGCCACAGUUCAAACGAGUACUAAGACUAUAUGGUUUUGAUGAUCCUAAUAGUUUCUUGGUCGAUUCUUGUCCUGAAAACCCGUCAACAACGAUGCAACCUAUAUCUGUCACUACACAUGGUACUGUAGUUACAGAAAUGACUCCAACUAGUCAAACCAUUAAAAUUGCAUUAAAUACCACAACUGGAUCAGCUAGUAACACGUCAACGGUAGCAACCAAAACUCCCGCAAAAGUAACUUACCUAGGCGAUGCAAGUUUCACUAUAUCUAAUAUCGAUACCAACACUAAUUUACCGAUGAAUUCCCAAACAGUCACGAUGGUUGUUGAUAUUGAAACACAACCAUAUAUAAGGCCAAUCGAAUCGACAACUAAUCAAGUGGAGAGUACAGUUUUAACCGAUAAACAAGAACCCAAAUCGACUUAUGAAAUUAAUGUGACAGAUACAAAACCAAACGAAUCAACAGCGACUGAAAAACUUGUUAUGAGUACAACACCAAUCAUUUCAGAUGAUACCAUGAUGCAAGCAGCAGCCACGGUGACACAAUUUAAUGUGGAUUACACUAGUAAUACAAAGGAUUCACAAAUGGAUAAAGUUAUUGAUACAAUAUACAAUAAUAGUGAAUCUCGUACUAGUCCUACGGACAUUUUUACUACGCGGUCAUACGAGAGCACAACUGAUACACCCAAUACUUCAAAUGUAGACGAUUUAAAUGCAAAAGAUGAUACUGUUUUAUUAAAUAAUUACGUUGCAACCGUAAAAAUAAAUUCUGAUAGUACUAUUGCAUAUACAGAAAGUACGAUGAAAACCACCAUUGAAAAUGAACUGAAAGAUUCAAACACAAUGAACGAUAGAAAUAUUCAAAAAGAAAACUCGACGGAGUCCAUGAUGUCAACAACCAAUGAAAUAGAGACAGAAAAAUAUGAAAUAACUGAAAGUAUUUCAACAAUUACUGAUCAAAUAAUGCCAUUAACGAAAUCUGAAUUGAAUAAUGACAUACCAACUGAUUAUGAUAAAAAUCGAAUACCUUCAACGGCUGCAACAGAAAGUCCAUUCACGACUAUGAGCUCAAACAACACGAUUGAAAACGAAAUUAUAAAAGAAGCGGAAUCUAAUCAACACUAUCAUAUAGCAUCUUUAGAAAAGAAAAGUGCAAGAUAUUUAGAAUCAAAUGAUGAUUUGCCUACUUUCAACGUUGAAUUCUCUAUAAGAAAAGAAGAUCUUCAAACCAACUGUAAUCAGACGAGGAAAAUAACUAUUAUCAAGCCUGAUAGAAUUUUAACCGAGUAUCCAAAACAUUCUGGUAUUUCAAUUAGGCUUAGAGAACCAAAGAAACGUAGAAGAAGACAUUUGGAACAGUAUCAAGGACGCAACGAACAUUACAAUCAAUGGUUCAAUAAAUACAAGACAUAUCCAUAUCCAUCUGGUUGGAUGGACAGGUCAUCAAAUCCAUUCGAGUCUACUAAUUUGUUCAAUUCUGGCUACCAACGUAUCCCAUUUUUCACAUAUACAGCUGUAUUGCCGUUUGCAUUUAUUUUCGAGUUAAAGUCACAAGUUAUCGAAAUUCCCUUAGACGACCCAAAGUAUACCCUGAUGAUAUUGAUGCCAAAUCAUCCAGAUGGUCUAUCGGAGCUGCUACUUCUGUUACCAUCGAUAUCUUUACGCAACAUACACAAUUCUCUGAGACCAACUGCCAUUCACGCAACCAUACCGACAUUUAAAUACACAGCCAAAGUAGAUUUAACUUCAGCUUUACAACAGGUCGGUAUCCGAGACGUGUUCUACAGGUAUAGAGCGGACCUUUCGUUCAUGUCACCAGAUGCAAGGCUUUUCGUCAACUCGGUGCAACAAGUUGUGUCCGUAACGGUCCAAAAGUAUAACACGCCACCGGGUAUGUUUGUAAAGGUUUAUGAAAUACAACGAAUGUAUGUGAAACAGGAAUUUGUAGUGUCAAGACCAUUUGCUUACUUUGUGAUGGACAUACAUACUAAAGUCAGUCUUAUCGCUGGAGUUAUGACUGAUCCAUUAGCAUCACCCAUUUGGAACUGAUAAUUGGAAAUUAUGUAAAACAGAUACAUAGUUUUAGAUUGAUUACAUAAUUUUUUUUUAACUGAACUGUAUAGAAAAAAAUAAAACAUGUAAAAACUAGUUGUCAAAAAA